GCCGGAGCGGGCGCCGAUCGGCGCCGCGGGGCUUUGGCGGCGGCGGGAGCGGCGGCGAUGGAUUUGUUCGGGGACCUGCCCGAGCCCGGCGGCGCCGCGGGGAAAGAUGUCCAGAAAGGGCCUCUGCUCUUUGAGGAUCUCCCGCCAUCCAGCAGUGCCGACUCAGGAAAAGGAGGCUCUUUGCUCUUUGAUGAUCUCCCACCAGCCAGCAGUGGUGACCCAGCCUCCAGUGCUACUGAGCAAGUCUCAUCAGCAGGGAGCCAAGAGAAAGGGCAGAAGAGAAAGUCCUUGGAGGAGGAUGAAGAGAAGAAUGGCAGGGAAGAACUUGUGGAAAAGAAAGUUUGUAAAGGAUCAGUGGAUGUUCUUGGACUGAAGGGUUACGUGGCAGAGAGAAAAGGUGAGAGAGAAGACAUGCAGGAUGCACAUGUCAUCUUAAACGAUAUCACCGAGGAAUGCCGGCCUCUGCCCUCCCAAAUCACCCGUGUCUCAUAUUUCGCCGUUUUUGAUGGCCAUGGGGGAGUCCGAGCCUCAAAAUUUGCAGCACAGAAUCUGCACCAAAACCUGAUUAAGAAAUUUCCUAAAGGUGAGGUGGUCAGCGUGGAGAAAACUGUGAAGAGAUGCCUUUUGGACGCCUUCAAACACACAGAUGAAGAGUUUCUAAAACAGGCAUCCAGCCAGAAGCCAGCUUGGAAGGAUGGCUCCACAGCUACUUGUGUCUUAGCUGUCGACAAUGUUCUCUACAUAGCCAACCUCGGGGACAGCCGGGCGAUUCUAUGUCGUUACAAUGAAGAGAGUCAGAAACACACAGCCUUAAGCCUCAGUAAAGAGCACAAUCCCACCCAAUAUGAGGAACGUAUGCGGAUACAGAAAGCUGGGGGCAAUGUCAGGGACGGAAGAGUCCUGGGAGUGCUGGAGGUUUCCCGCUCCAUUGGGGACGGCCAGUACAAACGCUGCGGUGUUAUCUCUGUGCCAGAUAUCAAACGCUGCCAACUCACACACAACGACAGGUUCAUUCUGAUAGCAUGUGAUGGCCUCUUUAAAGUCUUUACACCAGAAGAAGCUGUGAACUUCAUUGUGUCCUGCCUGGAGGAUAAGAACAUCCAGAUGAGAGAAGGGAAGCUAGAAGCAGACGCUCGAUACGAAGCCGCGUGUAACAGACUGGCCAGCAAGGCAGUGCAGCGAGGCUCGGCCGACAACGUCACGGUCAUGGUGGUCCGGAUAGAGCACCGAGGGAUGAGCUGCUGGUCCGGAUAGAGCACUGAGGGAUGAGCUGCUGGUCCGGAUAGAGCACUGAGGGAUGAGCUGCGGCGCACGUGAGGAGAGGGAGAGGUCUGUCCGUGUGCAUAUGUGGCCGAGGGAGGGAGGGUCCUGCUCUUCAGUGUAAAUAAAGUUGGGUUUUUUUCUAAUAGUCUUAGCUCACUCAGCUAGCAAGGUUUGCUAAGUGGCUGCCAAUGUGGGUCAGCCUAUGCAGACAGCUCCUGUCAGCCCUCUGUGAAUGUCUUGGCAACCACAGUAAACCCAUUUGGCAGGGGUGUAAGCAAGAGGCAUCUGGGAGCAUGAGCUCUGCCAGCUGUUUGAAACGGGGCAGUUCUGCUGUCCAUUUCCCUGAGCAAGGUUCUGGGAGAGUCCUGAAUUCUUAGGGCUCUGGGGGAGCUCCUGGGCAGACUGUACUGUACAGACUGUUGGUACUGUAGCCACCGGCUUGGGCUGUGGUGUGAGCUGUCCUCUUUGUGCUGGGAAGGAAAUCUUUUGACUCUGAAGCUGGGCUGUGAGGUUGCCUGCAGCUGAGGGACACAAACACUGCUUGCAGAGCAGCAAGGUACCUGCCCUCUGCUUGCAGAACGUUUUGAGAGUUUUACCCCAAUGCUGAUAUGGAAAACGUGGCUGGAGUUUGCUUGUGAUAUUUUUUUGGGAAAAGUGUUUUCAGCAUAGACCUGCCAGGCAGCUGAGCUGCAGGCCUGCUCCUCAGGUAGCACAGACAAGCACAGAGCCUGCAUCUCAGGUUUUAGGUACUUGUUGCUAAUAAAUGUCCAGUAUCUGA